AUGUCCGAGAUCGAGCCCAUUCUCAACCCCCCCGCGGCGCCCGCCGCUGCUGCGGACGGAGCCACCCGCAUCGGCGCGUUCAUCGAGCGCAUCAAGGUGCCCCAGGCGACGCGCGCGACCGUCGCCAUCUUAAUCGCAAUGUUCCUCUGCGGCGCGGCGUCCCCCGAGUUUGUGGCGCACGUCGCGCUGGUUCCCGGGCGGACCAUCCCAUACAUGUGGAACGUGUUCACGGCAUCGUGGCUGGAGGUCAAUCCGCUGGGAUUGAUCGUCUCUUGCGCGGCGGCCGUCCUCGCCGGUCGCAUCGUGGAGCCCGCCAUGGGCGCGAAAGAGUACUGCAGGUUCCUCGCCGUGUGCACCGCCUGCGUCGGGUGCGCCGCCUUCGUCUCCAUGCUCUUCGUCUACUACGGCCGCAGGGAUGAGAAGUUGCUUUACGAGCCGUUCUGCGGGUUCCACGGAGUCGUCGCGUCCCUCCUGGUCGCCGUGCGUCAGCUGAUGCCGGACGCGCCCGUCAACUUCCGGGGCUUACGCACGUUCAAGUGCAGGCACCUUCCCGCGAUUCACCUGGGCGCGAUGACCCUCUUAGCGGCGGCGACGGGGCGACACCUCGAGAAGUUUGGCUUUACGUUUUUCGGGGGGUACGCGUCGUGGGUGUACCUGAGAUAUUACCAGCCGCGACCCGACGGGCAGGUCGGGGAUCCCGACUCGGAGCACAUGGAGUUUGUGAGUUUCUUCCCGGCGCACGCCGCGGCGGUGCUCGGGCCGUUCGCGGACGGAGCUCACGCGUGUUGCUGCGGGCGGAGGGUCGCGAGGUCGAUCGAGCGGCGGCAGCUGCACGACGGGCUGUCGACGGAUAAGCCCGGGGUGACGACGCGGGACGCGGAGGAGGCGCGGCGACGAAGGGAGAGGGGCGCGAAGGCGCUGGCGGAGAGGCUGGCGGAGAAGCAACGGCAGAGAGAGGCGGCGGCGGCGGCGGAAGCCGUGUGA